AUGAAAACUGACCCAGAGGAGUCCAUGAGUUCUCGCAAAAGGAAAAGAGACGAGAAAACUUGCGCCGCCAUGUUCAAGCCCAAGAAAACUUCGAACAGGCUGGCCGUGGACGACAUGCAGGACGGCGACAACUCGGUCGUCGCACUCCACCCAGAAACCUUGGAAAGCCUCAACGUCUUCAACGGCGAUAUGGUCUUGAUCAGGGGCAAACUUCGGAGGGACACCGUCUGCGUUGUCGUUGCGGACUCGGCAUGCGACAAGUCGAGGGUCCGCAUGAACAAGGUCAUCAGGUCCAACCUCAGAGUCAGGAUCGCCGACAUGGUCUCCGUCCACGAAUGCCCGAACGUUUACGACGGCAAGAAAGUGCACGUUCUUCCCCUCGACGACUCCGUCGAAGGGCUCACCGGGAACCUCUUCGACGCCUAUUUAAGGCCUUACUUUGAAGGCUCGUUUCGGCCGCUGAGGAAAGGCGAUUUGUUUGUUGUGAGAGGCGGAAUGAGGAGCGUGGAGUUCAAGGUCAUGGAGACGGACCCUGGACCAUGCUGCUUGGUUGCGCCUGACACGGAAAUCUACUGUCAAGGAGAGCCUGUGAAGAGAGAGGACGAGGAGAGAAUCUUAUACGAGGUUGGAUAUGAAGAUGUUGGCGGCGUUAGGAAACAACUAGCGCAAAUAAGAGAGCUGGUCGAGUUGCCUCUCAGGCAUCCCCAGAUUUUCAAGACUAUUGGUGUGAAGCCCCCCAAAGGAAUUCUGCUUUACGGGCCUCCCGGCACCGGGAAGACCCUGAUUGCAAGGGCUAUUGCUAAUGAAACCGGUGCUUUCUUUCUCUGUAUCAAUGGGCCGGAGAUCAUGUCGAAGAUGGCUGGAGAGAGCGAAAGCAAUCUGCGGAAAGCGUUUGCGGAGGCGGAGAAGAAUGCUCCUUCCAUUGUGUUUAUAGAUGAGAUUGACUCCAUUGCUCCCAAGCGUGAUAAGACUAACGGGGAGGUGGAGAGGAGGAUUGUUUCCCAGCUGCUGACACUCAUGGAUGGGCUCAACUCUCGCGCACAUGUCAUUGUUAUUGGCGCUACGAAUCGACCAAACAGCAUUGACCCGGCGCUGAGAAGGUUCGGGAGGUUUGAUAGAGAGAUUGACAUUGGUGUUCCGGAUGAGGUCGGUCGUCUUGAGAUUCUUCGGGUGCGUACCAGGAACAUGAAGCUUUCGGAAGAUGUGGAGCUGGAGAAAGUAGCAAAGGAGACUCAUGGGCACGUUGGUGCUGAUCUUGCAGCUCUUUGCACCGAGGCUGCGCUGCAAUGUAUUAGAGAGAAGAUGGACUUGAUUGAUAUGGAUCAGGAUGAAACGAUUGAUGCCGAGGUUCUCAACUCCAUGGCUAUCACAAACGAGCACUUCAAAGUGGCUCUUGGAAACAGCGUUGCUUCUGCUUUGCGCGAAACAGUUGUGGAAGUGCCCCAUGUGAGCUGGGAAGACGUUGGUGGCCUUGAGAGCGUCAAGAGGGAGCUCCAAGAGACGGUUCAAUACCCGGUGGAGCAUCCGGAAAAGUUUGAAAAGUUUGGCAUGUCUCCUUCCAGAGGAGUUCUCUUCUACGGCCCUCCUGGUUGUGGAAAAACUCUGCUGGCCAAAGCUAUUGCGAACGAGUGCCAAGCCAAUUUCAUUAGUAUUAAGGGUCCUGAGCUACUUACCAUGUGGUUUGGAGAGAGUGAGGCCAACGUUAGGGAUGUUUUUGACAAGGCCCGCCAGUCAGCACCAUGUGUCCUGUUCUUUGAUGAACUCGACUCCAUUGCCAUUCAGAGAGGGAGCGGUGUGGGAGAUGCUGGCGGUGCUGCUGAUAGGGUUCUGAACCAAAUAUUGACUGAGAUGGAUGGGUUAUCAUCCAAGAAAACUAUCUUUGUUAUUGGGGCUACAAACAGGCCUGAUAUAAUUGACCCGGCACUUCUCCGGCCAGGGCGUCUUGAUCAGUUGAUUUACAUCCCACUGCCGGAUGAGAGUUCGCGGCGUCAGAUUUUUAAAGCCUGUCUGAGAAAAUCACCCAUAUCCAAAGAAGUUGACCUUGCAGCUCUUGCCAAGUUUACACAAGGCUUCAGUGGGGCUGACAUCACGGAAAUAUGCCAGAGGGCUUGCAAGUAUGCUAUAAGAGAGGACAUAGAGAAGGAUUUGGAGAGAAGAAGAAGAAACCCUGAAGCUAUGGAAGAGGAGGUUGCUGAUAAUGGAGUGUCGGAGAUCAAGGCAGCUCACUUUGAGGAGUCGCUCAAGUACGCCAGGAGGAGUGUUAGUGAGGCGGACAUCCGCAAGUACCAAGCCUUUGCAAGAACCUUGCAUCAUUCCAGCCCCAGGGGCUUAGGGUCUGAUUUUAAGUUUUCUCUAAUAGAACCAUGUAAUGGGCUAGUCAAGCCAGUUGUUUCUGAUAUUAUUUUGAACGAAUAUAAUAAGUAG